AUGCCCAACACAUCGGAAGGAGCGACCUUCCCCGGGCCGCUAGAGCCGACAGGGCUGCAAAGGCCCGCCGAUGGAGCAGAGGAGCCCGGGCUGAUCGGCUCCCUGAUCCGGGACGGCGCGAGGAUGAGGCGGGCCUCGAGCGCCGAGCUGCACCUGCAGUGGACCUGUCCGGUCACACACUCCCGGGAGAAGUUCUACACCGUCUGCUCCGACUACGCCCUCCUCAACCAGGCCGCCGCCGUGUACUGCCCUCCGAAGGGGGCCAGAAACGUGGGCACGAACAAGCAGGACGGCGGCCGCCCGCUGGCGAAGCCCAAAGCCCCGUGUGGCUUCAGCUGUGGUCCGGGUGGAGGGGCCCCUGUGGGACCAGAGGGGGACUGCGACAUGGAGGAGGUGUCCUCAGGCCACACCAAGCCCCUCCUGGCCUGGGAGAUUGAUACGGCCGACUUUAAUGCUGCCUACACCAGAAAAUUUAGAACCAGCAAUGGGAAGAAGUGCAGCACCAAGAAGAUGAGGUCUUCAGACCGACCCAGCAGGAACCUGCAGGAUGUCUCCAUCCACGCCUCACUGGAGGAGAUCAAACAGAGAAAAGUGCUGGACCUGCGGCGAUGUAGUCCACCUGCAGAUCACCUGGAUGCUUCCUCCUGCAGGUACUGCAUCAGUCGGCCGCAGUACAAGACUUCUUGUGGAAUCUCCUCCUUGGUGUCUUGCUGGAACUUCUUAUACAGCACGCUGGGAGCAGGGAGUCUUCCUCCCAUCUCUCAGGAGGAAGCUCUGCACAUUCUGGGCUUUCAGCCGCCUUUUGAAGACAUAAAGUUUGGUCCCUUCACCGGCAACGCCACUCUGAUGAGAUGGUUCAGACAAAUCAACGACAAUUUCCGUGUGCGAGGUUGUUCCUAUAUUCUGUACAAACCGCACGGAAAACACAAGACUGCCGGAGAAACAGCUGAAGGCGCUCUGUUGAAGCUGACGCAGGGGCUGAAGGACGAGUCCAUGGCCUACAUUUACCACUGUCAGAACCAUUACUUCUGCCCCGUGGGCUUCGAGGCCACGCCCCUCAAAGCAGCGAAGGCUUACAGGGGCCCACUACCCACAAAUGAAACAGAAUACUGGAUCUUAAUUGGUGAGCCCAGUAGAAAGCAUCCAGCUAUUCACUGUAAAAAAUGGCUGGACGUUGUGACUGACCUCAACACGCAGAACCCUGAAUACCUGGACAUUCGUCACACAGAGAGGGGGAUUCAGCAACGCAAAACCAAAAAGGUGGGAGGAAACCUGCACUGCAUCAUGGCCUUUCAGAGAGUGAACUGGCAGAAGCUCGGCCCCUGGGCGCUAAAUUUAGAGAACCUGCGGCACGACUUUCACCACUCCGGCACUGAGCGAGCCCACGGUGGCGUGGCUGAGGACUCAGAGGAGAGAAUGCCGUCCAAGCGCCUGGGCCCGCUGGGACGCUCUCAGAGUAUGGGCAGUCAGAAGGACAGCAGCUGGAAGCGCCUGUCCAACACCACGGAGCACAGACAGAGGAGUUCCCCCGACAGCGACCUCGAGGAGGACAUGACGGACUGAAACGGUUGGUGUGGGCUAACAGGCAAGAUCAUCCACCGAGCCGAGAACAAGGGGCUCCGAUGGGCCAUGGAUGAAGUUUAUCAUUAGUAUAAACACUCAAAACGU